UCUGCUAGCCGUGAAACCAAACGUAUCAAACUCUUGCAACUUGGCUUGCCGCCUUUAUUAUUGUUUUAAUCACAUUGUUUUAUUUUGCUUCUUUUUUUUGCAAACCUAGCCAAUAAUUGCGCUAUAUAUUUUAAUCGCCGCGAUCUUGUACGAGCAUUGAGCCAUGCGCGGCUAUUUUGUUUAUUACCUGAAAAUAAUUUGGCUAAUUUGUGUUAUUCACGAAUUGGCUUCCUUUUCUAUCAAGUCGACCGGAAAUGUUGCAUACAAAAAGCUAAUGGCGAUGCGUUCACUACCAUUUGAGGACUGCGGUUCUCUGUAUAGAGUGAACUACCUGAACAUUGAGAGCUGUACAAAGGUGCCCUGUUCCAUGGCUCGCAAUUCCACGGUUAAGGUUACGGUGCUCUUCGAUGAUAACGGCAACGGAGUUUCGUUUCUAAAGCACGCGGUUAGCUGGGUGUUCACCUAUGUUAAGACCGAUGCGGCCAUAUCUCCCGAUCCGUGCGAUGGCGACCACAACUGCAUACUGAAUGUGAACAAUAGUAAAAGCUAUUGGGCCAAUAUAUAUGUGAAUCCAACGCUGCCAGUGAUGAGGGGCAGUAUGCUCUGGGAGGCCAAGGAUGAACACAAUCAAAAUCUCAUAUGCUUUGAGGUGCCUGUUCUAAUUACACUCUGAACACUUACACAUAUGUUUAUAUAUAUAUACAUACAUAUGUACAUACAUAUAUACACACAUACAUGUGCAAGUACAGUGUAAUUUGUAUAUGCAUAUUUAUGAUACUUAUGUAAAAAAAAAAACAAUAAAAUAAUUGGUGCAUGCAAAAACAA